AUGAAUUUUUAAUAAGAAGCUUUACAUACUGUUAAUACUAUCUUUAUAUAUAUAGAAUAAAGUUAGAAUGAAAGAAUAAAAAUCCUUUUGAAUGGAUAUUAAGAAUAAAUUUUAAAGAAAAUGUUUGAAUUAGAUGAAUAAGAAGAUGAUAUUAAAAUUAAAGAAAUUUAUUUGCAGAAAUUGAAAAAAUUACUUUACUUUGCUCAAAAUUCAGCUAAUCUUAGUUAGGUAUGGAAAUUAUUUUCUUCUCAAAUUUAUUAAUAAUAAGAUCAAUUUAUAGAAUUAUUGAAGCAAUUUCCAAAUUUGAUUCAAUUAUAUUUAAAUUAAAAAUUUAUUACUGUGAGUACAUUACUAGGUGAAAGUUGUACAGAAUUAUUCUCUCAUUAACUUAUUACUUUUUAAAUUCAAUUAUAACUUGAUUAUACAAAAUAUAAAGAUAACUUUGAAAAGGAAGAUUGUGUUGGAUGUAUUACAUAUGUGUCUCCUGAAAUUGAAGAUUCAAAACUCUUUAAAAUAGUAAUGAAAUUAAAAGGGUUUACUGAUAAAAUUAAAUAAUUAAAUGAAUUAAUAAAAAAUGUAAAUUUAGAUUCAGAUCUAUUAAAAUUCACUUUUCAGAAUAACAAUUAAACAGUUACAUUUUGGAGUUAUGAUGAUUAAAUUAGUUAUUAAGUUACAACAAAGUAAUCAAAAAUUUAUUAUUAAUUAGAUUAACUUUAGAAGAUUAACCUAUAUUUGAAUAAAGAAUAUAUCUGCAAAAAAAUAUGAUAAUAUAAUUAACUAAGCAUUUUCAUCUAAUUAUCAAUGGUUUUGGAAAUGGUAAUAAAUAGAAGUAAGAUUAUAAUUAACAUUUCACUCCUUUAAUGAUUAAGAAAGAAGAAUGUUAGAUCAAGCCUCUUGUUAAAACUGAUAAUUAAUAAUGGAUUUCCAUAAAUAAUGGAUUUGAAGAUGUGAUAUUUUAAACAAAUGAAUUUCCAUUAAAAUUAUCAGAAUAUUAAACAUUACCUAAAGGAUUAGAAGUAAUAUUAUAAAAUGAUGGCUUUGGCUAUUAUAUCACAGUUAUAGGAGACUGCUCAACAUAUUAUCCAAGAAUUAAAAGCAAGAGAAGUAAAGAUCAAUUAUUAUAAUUGAUUACUUGUUAAGAAAAUUUUAAUUUGGGAAUCAUUUAUUAAGAGAAUAUAAGAUUAUUAUUAAAUUCUAAUUUAGUUCCAGUUUGGAAUGGAACAUAAAUUUUUGAUUUAUGA